CCUCAGGAAUUCCGGAGCCGUUCCCGCCUUUCCGGCCCCGCCGCCUCACACCGCCCGCGUGACGUCACUUCCCGCCCCUGGCCCCGCCCCGGGUUAACCCGCGCCCCGCGCGCUGCGCGGCCUCUUUCCGGCCGCGCUCGCCAAGAUGGCGGACACGCAGACGGAACGCGCCUACCAGAAGCAGCCGACGAUCUUCCAGAACAAGAAGCGGGUGCUGCUGGGCGAGGGGGGCAAGGAGAAGUUGCCCCGCUACUACCGCAAUGUGGGGCUGGGCUUCAAGACCCCGAAGGAGGCCAUCGAGGGCACCUACAUCGACAAAAAGUGUCCCUUCACGGGCAACGUCUCCAUCCGGGGCCGCAUCCUCUCAGGGGUGGUGACCAAGAUGAAGAUGCAGCGCACGAUCGUCAUCCGCCGCGAUUACCUGCACUACAUCCGCAAGUACAACCGCUUCGAGAAGCGCCACAAGAACAUGUCCGUGCACCUCUCCCCCUGCUUCAGGGACGUGCAGAUCGGGGACAUCGUGACGGUGGGCGAGUGCCGCCCCCUCAGCAAGACCGUGCGCUUCAACGUGCUCAAGGUGACCAAGGCCGCGGGCACCAAGAAACAGUUCCAGAAGUUCUGACACCCUGGGGACAGGCGUGGGAGGAAUAAACGCUGGGAAAGUGGAA